CAACUGCUACAUGAGAAGGAAUUUUCAACAUGGAAGCCAAGCGAGGGGUCGGCGCCUCUGGCUUUCCUGGAGUCGGUUUCCCUCAAAUUCCACCUGGCUUGGAGGCACUUUAUUCAGCGUGCCUACAAAUAUAUAGCGAUCAGCCUAAUCCCUUACAGGUCGCAGCAGUCUUAAAGUACUGGCUGGGUGGUCCAGACCCGCUCGACUACAUCAGCAUGUACGCCAAUCAAGGGGAUGAAAGCAAAGAUAUUUCUCCUCACUGGCACUACGUCAGCUUUGGAUUGUCGGACCUUCACGGAGAUGGCAGGGUUCACGAGAUUUCCAGCACAGACACUCCUAGCGGCUUCGGUUUCGAGCUGACAUUCCGGCUGCGCAAGGAACCCGACGAGACAGGGCCGCCGACUUGGCCGGCGGCCGUAAUGCAGGGUCUGGCCAAGUACGUCUUCCAGUCCGGAAACGUACUGUGCGAUGGCGAUCACGUCUCCUGGCACUGCCCACUGGACAACAGCGAGUCGCGGAUCGAGCACAUGCUAAUGAUGGAGGACCCGCAGCUAGGGACGGUGGCUACACCUUUUGGACCUGUCAGCUUUAUUCAAAUUGUUGGCGUUUGCGCGGAGGAGCUGAAGGCGGCCCAGCAGUGGAACGGUCGCAGCUUUGUGGCACUCAUGCAACGCGUACCGGGCGCAGGCGGUCCUUGGCUCGUCACGAACAUGCGCCGAGGAGAGACGGUUUUCGAACUGGACCCCAGUAUCCAGGACGCAGUAGACCAGGGGAUCGAAAACGAAGGGUCGGACCUGAGUGGCGUCAGUGCCAAGCUCUGCUGGUCAGAGGAGUUCCCCCCUGUUGUGCAGACUGCCAAGGAAUCCGGGAGCAACACUUCCGUCGACACGCCCAGCAUAUCGCAUUACGAAUCCGAGGAAAUCAAGCGGACACUCAAAAAAGGACUGCUGGGCAGUCAACCAAGCAGUGAAACAGAGGAUAAUGGCCUGGAAACACAAGAGUUGGCUCAAACCCGAGCUUUGGAUGCAGUUCACCUGCAGCUCAAUUUGGAAGCUGGACUGCUCUUUCCAUUAGUUCUGAGGGGAAGAUUAAAACAUGGCCGUCAUUUUACAUUCAAGAGCUCGGUUGACAGUGCUGCAGUGACACUAGUCGUUCCAAGUGUUAUUGGUGCCUUUGCAAAUGCAGAACAGCCAUAUGCAAUGCAGGGCUCUUGGUUGCAGAUUCUGCUCACAGAAGACCUCAUUUCGGAGAUGACUGUAAGCAUGGAAGAGUUAUGCACUGCUGAAGGCCUCACACUGCCGAAAACAUACACGUGGCCCCACCGAAAGAUGGCUAUCACACUUUUGCCUGAAGAGCUGUGACCGAACUGAUUUAUUUAUGAUGUGCAUCAACUGUGUGACCUUCAGCUGGAAAAUCCAUCCUACUGGGAAGUGCCUUCAUGACCAUGUAGAAAAUGUGUGAACUGUAUAGACUCCUAGCAUGAUGUGCUGUGCUCUCAAGUGUGUUCGCAAUUGGUGUAUAUGUUAGCUUUUACACUAAACUGCAUUUGUAGCAUCAAGUAACCACAAUGCAAUGGUUUUUGUGUUGUGGUUCUUGUAAUGUGCCUUUAUGCUCAUAUGCUAGUAUGUGUUCAUCACAUACUGGUAUGUGUUCAUCAGUUAUGUACAGUUGCUUGCAUGAUACUACAAUUGAAAACUGCAUGUUUUGACAAAGAUUUCAACUUCACUUGCCUUACACUACCAGGAAUGUCACAAUUCUAUUUUAAAGGCAUCCUGUUUGAAAACAUAUCUAGAAUGCUCGCGUGGACUUUUAACAAAAUGCACACAAUGUUACCUUCUCUGUUUACUAAUGUCAAGUGGCAGGUUUCUCUACCACACCUUUUGUAGAUUCAAUGUCUUUAUUAAAUAAAAUGUAGAGGCACAUGA